AUGGCUGUUCUGCAGUUGAAGCGGUUCCACACUAGCGAGGGAGCCAGCUACAAGCUCUUCAACGAGGUCGUCUUUGGCCAGACUCUGGAUCUGAAGGACUUCCUGUGCGACGGGGGCAAGGCCUGUCACAAGACCGAGACCUUUGUUGACUGGCACCGGCCGCUGCGCGAGCGGUCCUGGUCUGACGAGAUGAGAAGAUGGGCCGGCUUUCCGGGGCUGUCCAGGGAGGUGACCAAGUACCAGCUCUACGGGGUGGUGAACCACAUCGGGGGCAUGGGCUCUGGCCACUACACGGCUUGCAUCUUGCACGACAAGCAGUGGUAUUGCUUCAACGAUGAUCGUGUUUACACCAUCUCGGACCAGGACGUAUGCAGCGCCAACGCAUAUUUGCUCUUCUAUGCUCGCAGCGAUGUGGCCGAAGGGCAGAAGGACUUCAGCCAGCUCUUUCCGCCGGAAGGGCGCCAGGUGAAGGCUGCAAACCUGGAGCAGAUCAAGCAGAGCACCUGGGUGAGCGACCUGCACAGGGCGAGCUCCAAGGGUACUGCAGCAAGUGGCGAUAGGUUUUGCGCAGUGAGCUGA